AUGCGCGAUUUGGGCCAUCGACACGGGGCCAAUAAGCUUCCAGAUCUGCCCAAGAUACAAUUACGUGACGCCAUAGCCAAAUACUCAAUCACAUUCUUUAUACCAUACUUGCUACCCCGGUACAUCAGUACACUAGUAGGAGGACCCGCGGACGACUUCUCUGAAAUUGCCGUGGAAGAUGUUGUAGAAGUCUUUCUUCGUGCACUUGAGGUUGAUACCGACGAGCGUGAGCGUUGGCUUGGAAAAGAGAUCGUCGAUCUCCUCGAGCGACCGGCCCUUGGUCUCGACCACAAACAGCAGCUGGUAGAUCCAGCCGACGGCCGCAAUGCCCCCGUAGAAGCCCAGCGUGAGCCCCGUGUUGGUGAACGCGUUCCACAUGUCGGUGAAGUUGUACGUGAUGAUGAAGGUCCACAGGUAGAGCAUGGUGCUGGACGCGGAGCCGAAGAAGCCCAUGUAGAGGACGAUACCGGUGAGGUACAGCCCGAGAGCGGACGCCCCGGUGACAGGCAGCUGGUACGAGAUUCCGACAAAGACGAGGCCGAUGAAGAAGCCCGGAAGCAUGGAGUUGGCCCAGAACCGGCGGCCGCAGUAGUCCAUGUACAGGAUGGCCGGGAUGGUGCCGAGCAGCAGGGCGCCGCCGCCGACAAGCGACAUGAAGACGGAGUUUUUCUCGUCGAAGCCGAUCGACGCCAUCAGCGUCGACAUGUAGUACAUGAUGGCGUUGACACCCGUGAACUGGCCAAGGAAGAUCAUGAUGUUGGCGUAGACAAGCGACCGGCGCGCUCUUGGGUUCGUGAUGAAAUCCAUCCACUUGUGUUUAGUCGAGAGAUGCGCGUCCUCGAGCUUCUCCUGCUCGAGCGACUGGAUCAUGUCGAGGAACUCCACCUUGUUGGACACGUCGGAGAUGUCUCUGAGCCGUUUCCAGAUCGCGUACGCCGCGCCCACCUUGUUCUUGUGGACAAGAUAUCUAGGCGACUCUGGCAGGAAAAACAUGCCGAUGAACAGCAGCGUCGAGAAAAACAGCGACGAGCCCAGAAUGUAUCUCCACGCGCCGUCGAGCGAGUAGAACAUGGCUGCUAUGGCGUAGCCAAACACCUCGCCGAGCGCGAUGUUGAACUGGUACAGCGACACAAGGUUGCCUCUGAGCUCUGCCGGAGCGCACUCAGAAACAUAGGCAGGAAUGAUAGACUCCAGGCCGACUCCAAAACCAAUGAAAAACCGGCCUGCGUACAGGCCCUCCACGUUCGGCGUGGCAGCACACAGAAUGCCGCCCACCGUGUACGAGAUACACGCCACCAUGAUGGACAGUCGUCUGCCCAGAAACUCGUUGAGCGGCGACAGGAAAAUACAGCCACCCAUGGCUCCCACAGGCAUCAAAGCACUCACCAGCGACUGCUCGUGCGAGGUGAGCGACAAGGAGGGAACAAGAGACACCUUGGCACCGGAAAUGAGCGACUGGUCAACACCAGACAGCAUGCCGCCCAACGACGCGAAACACGCCAGCAUGCGCACCAUAUGUUUUUUCUCCUUGAACUGGAAAGUGUAGCCGGACUUGAGCACGAGUCUGUCCCAGAACGUGUUGUGGGACUUGGCCUCCUCGGCCAUGAUCUCGUACUGCUCGAAGCGGGCCUCGAGCUCCUGGCCCUGAGGUCCUAG